AUGGCAAUGUUGUCUACUAAAGCUGGCCAUGAUUCUCAUGGACAAAAUUCUUCCUACUUCUUUGGAUGGCAAGAGUACGAGAAGAACCCUUAUCACCCUACUCAAAACCCCUCCGGGAUUAUCCAAAUGGGUCUUGCCGAAAACAGGGUAUGUUAUGACUUCUUGGAUGAGUGGAUGGAGAACAAUCCAGAUGCUUUAGGAUUGAGAAAAAAUGGAGUGUCUUUGUUUAGAGAAUUGGCUCUAUUUCAAGACUACCAUGGCUUGCCGGCUUUUAAAAAGGCGUUGGUUGAAUCAAUGGAAGAAAUACGAGGAAACAAAAUGAAAUUUGAGAUGAACAAACUGGUGCUAACCGCUGGUGCAACUGCUGCCAAUGAAAUCCUCAUAUCUUGUCUUGCCGAUCCCGGUGAAGCGUUCCUCGUUCCCACUCCUUACUAUCCAGGGUUUGACAGGGACUUAAAAUGGCGUACAGAAGUUCAAAUAAUUCCAAUCCAUUGUUCGAGUUCAAACAGCUUCCGAAUCACAGAAGCGGCGAUGGAGGAAGCCAUGGAGCAAGCCCAAACAUUGAAUUUACGAGUCAAAGGGAUUAUGAUUACGAACCCAUCCAACCCAUUAGGCACCACAUUGAGCCAGAAAGAGAUUGACUCGGUGGUGGAUUUCGCUAUAGCCAAUGCAAUCCACAUCGUGAGCGAUGAGAUAUAUUCCGCCACAGUUUUUGAGCACCCAAAGUUUCGAACUGUCAUGGACCCGAACCUACAAAAAUUCCCAAUUUGGGACCGAAUCCACUUGGUGUACAGCUUGUCCAAAGAUCUGGGCCUACCCGGGUUCCGCGUGGGCAUGAUUUAUUCAAACGACCUAGCAGUAGUGGAUGCGGCUACCAAAAUGUCUAGCUUUUGUUUAGUUUCUUCUCAAACACAGUAUUUUGUGUCGCAAAUUGUAGGGGAUGAAAAAUUUCGAGGCAAUUAUAUGCAGGAAAUGAAGCGGAGGAUUCGAAAGAGGAGAUUGAUGUUGGAGUCGAGUCUCCGACAGGGCGGUGUUAGAUGUUUGAAAGGGAAUGCAGGGUUGUUUUGUUGGGUGGAUAUGAGGCAUCUUUUGAAGUACCCGAGUUUCGAAGAGGAAAUGGAGAUUUGGAAGACGAUUUUGUAUGAGGUUGGGAUUAAUAUCUCUCCCGGUUCGUCUUUUCAUUGCUCUGAACCCGGUUGGUUUAGAAUGUGCUUUGCCAAUAUGGAGGAACACACUUUCAAGGUGGCCAUGCAUCGUCUUAAGACCUUUCUCAACUCUACCUCAUCUCAGAGGAAGAUAUUGAAGACGGUGAACGAUCAAAUUCAGAGUAGGGUUUGUUUCUCAAGGCGGUGGCGGUAA